AAUCGUUUGAAUAGGUGUGGGUACUAGUAGGAGUUCGAUAAAAUAUUGGACGGGGACCGUGCCCAUCCCUAGGCACUGUCCAUGAUUGAUGUAGCUGGUAUUGCAUAUGCGGGGACGUGGCAACUUUCACAUCUGUUGUUCCUCCUCCCUCGCUUCUUCAAUCCACACGUCUUCACCUAGACAGCUCAUAAACGUCGUGACCGGACCGGCGUGAUGGCAUCCCCUCUCCAUGCCGCCGCCCCACUCAGCAGCACUUACUGCCCCAAACACUCCAGGCGCGAGAUGCCUUCGCCUCAUUCUUCUUCAAGAGGCAGAAACCGUAGGGUGAGCAGAAUUGUGUGCGAUUCCCAGAGGAAUCUUCUUCACAUGCCUCCUGGGACUCCGGUGAGACCCACGAGCAUCAUGGUUGUGGGCGCCACCGGAACCCUAGGAAGGCAGAUUGUGAGGAGAGCUCUGGAUGAGGGCUAUGACGUCAGGUGCCUCGUUCGGGCUAGGCCUACUCCUGCUGACUUCCUCCGUCACUGGGGUGCCACUGUUGUCAAUGCAGACUUGAGCAAACCAGAGACAAUACCGGCUACAUUGGUUGGGAUCCAUACAGUUAUCGACUGUGCUACUGGCCGUCCUGAGGAGCCCAUAAAAACUGUAGACUGGGAAGGAAAAGUUGCUCUAAUGCAAUGCGCAAAAGCAAUGGGCAUUCAGAAGUUCAUUUUUUUCUCAAUCCACAACUGUGACAAGCAUCCAGAAGUUCCUCUCAUGGAGAUCAAGUUCUGCACCGAGAAGUUUCUUCAAGAUUCCGGUCUGAACCACAUAAUUAUUCGCCUCUGUGGUUUCAUGCAGGGGUUGAUUGGGCAAUAUGCAGUACCUGUUUUAGAAGAGAAAUCUGUCUGGGGAACUGACGCUCCUACACGGAUCGCAUAUAUGGACACUCAAGAUAUUGCUCGAUUGACCUUCAUAGCUUUGCGCAAUGAGAAUAUCAAUGGAAAGCUUCUAACUUUUGCAGGUCCUCGGGCAUGGACGACCCAAGAGGUGAUAACAUUGUGCGAGAGGCUGGCUGGGCAAGAUGCGAACGUCACCACAGUUCCAGUUUCAGUUUUGCGUUUCACACGCCAACUCACUCGUUUCUUUGAGUGGACAAACGAUGCUGCUGACCGGUUGGCAUUUUCAGAGGUUUUGACCGGUGAUGAGGUUUUUUCUGUUCCAAUGUCGGAGACUUACAAGACUCUAGGUGUGGAUGCAAAAGACAUAGUUACACUGGAGAAAUACCUACAGGAUUAUUUUACAAACAUACUCAAGAAGCUAAAGGACCUUAAAGCACAAUCAAAGCAGGCUGACAUUUACUUCUGAAAUUUCUAUUUUGAAAUAGGGGAUCUAAGACGCCCCUAGUAAUCCGGUGUAGUAAUUGUAAAUGAUUUUAACCUAUUACUUUGAAGCCUUUGACUCGCCAAGUAUAAACCAUAUGUUAUCGAGUGAAUAUUGUUUUGGGAUUGUAGUUGCAUAUAUUCUUCAACUUGACCGAGUCAUUAAGGAUUUAUUCAAUUGGAUCAAUUCAUAUCAGAUCAGAUUUAAAC